AUGGCAGUUUGCCGAAACUCCUUCCCACCCACAUGUCUGCUCACCCUCAUUCUGCUCUGGCUGCCCACACUGGAUUCAGCUCACCUUGAGGUGAUUGGACCUCCGGAGCCCAUCUUGGCCAUAGUGGGGGAAGACGCUGAGCUGCCCUGUCACCUGUCCCCAAACGUGAGUGCUGAGCACAUGGAGCUGCGGUGGUUCCGGAAGAAGGUCUCGCCCGCGGUGUUCGUGCAGCGGGACGGGCGGGAGCAGGAGGGAGAGCAGAUGGCCGAGUACCGGGGGCGAGCGACGCUGGUGGAGACCAACAUCACCGCGGGGCGCGUCGCUGUGAAGAUACACCCGGUCAAGGCCUCUGACGACGGGGAGUACCGAUGCUUUUUCAGGCAGGAAGAAAGCUACGAGGAGGCCAUUGUGCAACUGAAGGUGGCUGCUCUGGGCUCUGAUCCUUACAUCUAUAUGGAAGUUCAAGACAGUGGAGAGAUCCGGCUGGAGUGCACCUCAGUGGGAUGGUACCCAGAGCCCCAGGUGCAGUGGAGAACUCCCAAGGGAGAGACGUUUGCAUCCAUGUCAGAGUCCAGGAAUCUUGAUGAAGAAGGCUUGUUCACUGUGGUAGCUUCAGUGGUCAUCAGGGACACCUCCAUGAAGAAUGUGUCCUGCUGUAUCCAGAACCUCCUUCUUGGCCAGGAGAAGGAAGUAGAGAUUUCCAUACCAGCUCCCUUCUACCCAAGGCUGACUCUCUGGAUGGUGGCUGUGGCUGUCAUCUUGAUAGUCCUAGGACUUCUCACAACUGGGUCCAUAUUUUUUACUUGGAGACUAUACAAGGAAAGAUCCAGACAGAGGAAGGAUGAAUUCAGCUCUAAAGAGAAACUCCUGGAAGAACUCAAAUGGAAAAAGGCUACAUUGCAUGCAGUUGAUGUGACUCUGGAUCCAGACACCGCCCACCCCCACCUCUUUCUGUACGAGGAUUCAAAAUCUGUCCGACUGGAAGAUUCACGUCAGAAACUGCCUGAGAAACCAGAGAGAUUUGACUCCUGGCCUUGCGUGUUGGGUCGUGAGGCCUUCAGCUCAGGAAGACAUUACUGGGAGGUGGAGGUGGGAGACAGGACUGACUGGGCAAUUGGGGUGUGUAGGGAGGAUGUGGUUAAGAAAGGAUUUGACCCCAUGACUCCUGAGAAUGGGUUCUGGGCUGUGGAGUUGUACGGAAAUGGGUACUGGGCCCUCACCCCACUCCGGACCCCUCUUCCACUGGCAGGACCCCCUCACCGGGUUGGGAUUUUCCUGGACUAUGAAUCAGGAGACGUCUCCUUCUACAACAUGACUGAUGGAUCCCAUAUCUAUACUUUCCUCAGCACCUCUUUCUCUGGCCCCCUCCGGCCCUUCUUCUGCCUGUGGUCCAGUGGUAAAAAGCCCCUGACCAUCUGCCCAAUCACUGAUGGGCCUGAGGGAGUCCUAGUAGUUGCUGAUGCCAAGGACCUUUCUAAGGAGAUCCCAUUGUCCCCCAUGGGGGAGGACUCUGCCUCUGGGGAUACAGAUACCCUCCAUUCUAAACUAAUCCCUACCCAGCCCAGCCAAGGGACACCUUAA